AUGAGUGAUCUUCAGAGAUCAUUCGCCAAAACCCAUCUCUCCAAGCUCCCACCAGAGCCACCACCAAUUUUGAACGAGGACGAUGAGCUUCAGGACCAAUUGGCUGGUCUCCGUGCCAGUUCACCCAACGAUUCGUCCUCCUCGGCCUCUUCAGCCUCUUCGACCGGGACGAUCGUACCUUCCGCAAGUCAAAACCUGUUUGAGAAACCCAGAGGCUCAGCCAUCAAGUCCCGAUCAGCUCCUCUUCCAUGGGAUGAUUUCUUUGCCCAGGACCUCACCUUUGAGCGUCAGACCUCGUUGGAGACCAUUCGUCAUCACGCCUAUCUCACGCCCCCUUCUUCCAAGGGCCCUCUCAUAGUCACACAUCACGGGGCAGGGUCGUCGGGGUUAUCGUUCGCUGCCUUCACAGCAGAACUAUUGAAGCUCUUACCGAACGCUGGUGUUUUGUCUCUGGAUGCCCGCGGCCAUGGCCUCACAUCUAUCACGCCGGCUGGAUCAGUCUCAGGGGGCUCGGGAGCACCACAAACCCUCGAUCUGAGCCUAAAGACCCUGGCAGAAGAUCUAUCAUUCAUCGUCGAAGCGGUCAAAGCACCCAUGAAAUGGGCAACUCUGCCCGACAUCGUCCUCAUCGGCCACAGCCUUGGCGGCGCCGUCGUGACUGAGGUUGCACACCAACGGCUCCUGGGAAGCUCACUCUUGGCUUAUGGCGUCCUCGACGUCGUCGAAGGCUCCGCCAUGGACGCCCUACAAAGCAUGGACACAUAUCUGUCCACGCGCCCCAAAUCGUUCCCGUCCCUAGCCUCCGGGAUCGAAUGGCACACGCGGUCGCGCACGAUCCGUAACACGACCUCCGCGCGCGUCUCCGUGCCCUCUCUGCUCACGGAGUCCGCCGACUCAAAGACCUGGACAUGGCGGACGGACCUGGCCGCGACAAAGCCCUUCUGGGAAGACUGGUUCGUGGGCUUGUCGAAGAAAUUCCUCGAGUCCCGCGGCGGAAAGCUGCUCCUCUUGGCCGGCACCGAUCGCCUCGACAAGGAGCUCAUGAUCGGCCAGAUGCAGGGCAAGUACCAGCUGCAAGUGUUCCCUGAGGCCGGCCAUUUCCUGCACGAGGACCAGCCUGCCAGGACGGCUACGGUUGUCUGUGAUUUCUACAGGCGCAAUGAUAGGACUGCGUUUGUCAUGCCGCCCAAGGUCGAUGAUUUGAUUCGUCAGGGGAAACUGAAGCCUCCACCUCUGCCAGGAGCGUCUCGGUCAUGA